AUGGCCACCAUCAAAAGCAAGCAGCUCAAGCGCUCCUACAAGGUUCCUCGCUCGCUCAAAAAGUCCAUCAAGCAGAAUCUCAACAAAAUUGUCAAGAACGUCAAGACACGUGAACGCAAGAUCUAUGAGCAGAAGAUCCACGAGGAGUGCACGAAGGUCUCCCAGUCCCAUCUCUUCGAGGCCUGUGGAUUCCUCGAUAUUCUGGACGAGGUCUGGCGGUCUCAUCAUAUGGACGACGAGCUGAGACACACUCUGAGAUUGUCUUUCGAGCGUUUCGGCUACGCAGUCGGUGCCGAGGCGUCGAGACAGAAGAACGGAUUGGAGGGACAGAAAGCCUUUACCGGAAAAAUGCUUGAAAAGAAGGACUGCUUGGGAGAAGAAGUUCUUGGAGAGAUCAGGAGUUGGUUGAUUGAGCAAAACAAAAAUGCGGAUGAGGUCGAGGUACUUGGAAAGCAAGACGAGCAUGAAGAAGAAGAAGAAGAAGACAAUGCAUCGGGAGCCGUCGAGGAGUAUGACUGGACAUCCACAAGCACUCUGGAGUGA